AUGGGUUUAUCAGAAAGUAGAAUACCAAAUUGUAUUGGAACAUUAAUCUUUGAUAAUAAUAAUAAUAUCAUUGAUGCAACUGGGAUUGGUGAAACCAAAUUAAAGGAAAUUUCAGAAUUAUCAAUUGCACAAUUAGAUUCAAAUGGAUUUGGAUUAUUACGUGAAGAAAAUGAAAAUUUAAUCAUUCAAUUAUGGAGAGAAGAUGAUAAAAAAUUGCCAUUUUCAUUAAAGAAUCAACAUCUGGUUUGGAUAAGGAAAAUUCUCCAUAUUCUUAUAUUGAUUUACGUACUCAAGAUAAACCACAUAAGAAUAUGGAAAUUAUGA